AUGGAACAUAACUUUAACGCGUAUAAAAUUCUUAAAUGGAUGAAAGUUUUACUACCAGUUGUUAUAAUCGGAACACUGCUCGUAACUGUUACAUUUAGUCUGUCUAUAGUUAUUCUAGUGAAAGUUAACAAAGGAUUCAAUGAAAUUCAAAAUGAUGCCAUCAAGACAACAAUUGGAUCGACUAUCAGAACAACGGCUCAGACAGAUCCAACCAUCACAAUCUCCAAUUCUAUAACAACAAGCCAAUCAGAACUCAACGAAAGUUUGGCUACAUACAUACGUAUUCAAGAUGUAAUGAUGCAUCUUAAUGAACUACAAAAUAUAGCAACGAAUGCAAAUGGUACUCGAGCUAUUAAUACACUUGGUUUCAAUCGAACACUUGAUUAUAUUAAUAAUUAUUUGUCAUCUCAUACAAAUUUUAAAGCAGCAACAGAUUAUUUUUAUUUAAGAAAUUUUGUUAUUGGUUCCAAUCCAAUAUUAAUGACAUCCAUUAAUGGUAUAACUGCUAANACACUUGAUUAUAUUAAUAAUUAUUUGUCAUCUCAUACAAAUUUUAAAGCAGCAACAGAUUAUUUUUAUUUAAGAAAUUUUGUUAUUGGUUCCAAUCCAUCAUUAAUGACAUCCAUUAAUGGUGUAACUGUUAAUCGCAUAUUUUCAACCAAUCUUUCGGCAUCAGAGUUCUAUUUUAUUCAAUAUACAAAAUCAGCUAAUUUUCCUACCUAUGUUCCAAUAAGUGUUAUUCCAAAUCUUGGUUGUUCUGAUGAUGAUUGGCUUGCAGUGAAUCCUUCUCCAAAUGAUCGAGUUGCAUUAGUGAAAAGGGGUAAUUGCAGUUUUGCUGCCAAGGCAGCAUUUGCAUCGAAAUAUAACGUUACUGCUCUUCUACUAUAUAAUGAUGGUACACCACCAGGUGGUAUCGCACCAAUUUUUACUACCUUAGGCCAGAACAAUGAAUUACCAGCACUUUUUCUUUCCUAUGCUCUUGGUCAAGAACUUGCUGAUGCUGCUCAAGAUGCAUCAAAUAAUGUCGGUGUUCUUAUAACUAUCAAUGUAGCUGAUGAAUCAAGAUAUCCUGUUGGUAAUAUUUGUGCUGAUACACCGACGGGUGAUGUUACUCAAACAAUUGUUGUUGGUAGUCAUAGUGAUAGUGUACCAGCUGGUCCAGGUAUUAACGAUAACGGUAGUGGAAGUGCAGCAAAUCUUGGUUUAGCUGUGGCUCUUGCUCGUCUUUUUCAAACAUCUACUUAUGAAAAAUAUAAAUAUCGAGUUCGAUUUUGUUGGUGGGGUGCUGAAGAAGUUGGUCUUCUUGGUGCUGAUUAUCAUGUCAAACAAGCCAAGAUUUCUACUGUUAUUGGUGAACGUCUCAGUGACUACUUGAUCAAUCUUAAUUAUGAUAUGCUUGGUUCGCCUAAUUAUAUGUUUGGUAUUUAUGAUGGAAAAACAGCUAACAGUAAUACUCCACCACAAGCACUUCCAGGCAGUAAUAAAAUUACGAGUCUCUUUCGUGAAUGGUUCACUCAACAAAAUUUGCCAUGGAAUAACACUGACUUCAGUGGCCGAAGUGAUUAUGGUCCAUUUUUAGCUGAAGGAAUUGUGGCUGGCGGACUAUUCUCCGGCGCUGAUGGUAUGAAAUCGCUUGAAGAACGUAAUUAUUAUGAUAAAAUUCUUGGUCAAGGAAUGGGUGGUAUCGCCGGUGCUAUUCAUGAUCCAUGUUAUCAUCGAGCUUGUGAUUCCAUUCAAAAUAUCAAUGUAUUUGCAUAUGAAAAGAUGAUACAAGCUGCUGCUUAUGUUUUAGAAUAUUUAGCUCGACAAGAUGAUUUGAAAGGAUGGCUUUAUCCUUCAGCUGAAAUUCAACGAUUGAAUACUCGACAAAAUCAACGACGCGAAUACAAUUCAAUAAAUGAAUACUUUGGAUUGCCAUAUUUCUAA